AUGCAACAACCGCACCCACAGGUGCUGCACACGGGACCACCGCGGUGGGACGGCCCUGGCAUGCCACCGAGUAUCUCGAACGACCCAUUCAGGAUAUAUCCUAACAUGGGUCCCCCGAUGAUGCCCGGCGGUGGAUAUCCCAUGCACCCGGGACCCAUGAUACAGGGGUACUCGGCGCCUCCAGGAGCUAUGGGUUAUACAUACUACCCUGGGCCCCAGGGGUAUGGACUAUACCCAUCUCAAGGGUACAGUAUGUCCCAGGCGCCCCAGACCACGUACGCCAAAUUGUUGUACGGCCCUGCAGUUAUGGGUGUCCCGGGCGGGUUAGGGUUAUGA